AUGGAUUUCGGCAUGCUGGAACCUCUCUACAUCGCGUGUCAAGUCCCAGAUUCCUACCCGCUCGUCGUUUCAGGCCGACGAGGGUUCCACAUAGAAGUCCAGGUCGAGUUCGUGUACUUGGCCGAGCCGCCUCCCGGCGCGACGUCGGAUUGCGAUGAUGAUCGUGUGAUGCCAGACGUCUCGGGUGAAGCGACACACUGGUUUUCAAUCGAGGCUGAUGAGUUCUUGCGGGUCGACGCCGACGCGGAGGAGACCGUGCGGGAGAUAUUGACGAUAGCGGGCGUGAUGUACACCAGCAACAACGAGUUCAUGGUGCAAACGGUGCUAAGCACGGCGGCGUCCAUAGUGAGCGACCCGCGCAACCGGGACGCGGAGGUCCUGUUGAUGAGGGUCUCGAUUUCGUGCGCCGACCCCGACAUUCACCGGGAGCUAACGAUUGGCGAGGACGAGAGGCUCGAGGUGGCCAACGAUGAGGCGGAGGACAGGGACACCGACGAGGACGAAGAGGGGAUAGUGAUGAUGGGGCCGCGGUUGGGGGGACUGACGGAGGUGGAAGUGAAAGAGAGGAGCGUCGACUGCGUGAUCUGCUGCGAAGACAUUGUCGCGGGAACGACGGGGAGUGCCAUGCCGUGUUGCCAUGUCUAUCACCGAGAAUGCAUCGCGAGGUGGCUCGAGAGGAGCAGGACUUGCCCGCUGUGCAGGUUCGAGUUGCCUUCGACAUAUUAA